AUGGAUAUUGAUAAUAUUGGGGAUGGUGAUCCUGCUGAAACCAUUCGCAUUCUUCGUCAAAAAUGCGAUCUCCUAAAGCAAGAAACUAGGACAAAGUUGAUUGCGAAAACUGAUGAAUUUCAGAAGGAGAUGAAAACUUUGGAUGAAAAGUUGCAAAAGGCACAGAAUGAGAUAAAGAGACAUUUCGAGAAAACUGAAAUAUUGACUAAACGAAAUGAGGUUUUGGAGCAAGAGAAGAAAACACUGAUUGAACAAUGUGAAAGAACGAAAAGAGCACGGAUCUUCUCAAUGCAGCAAAAGGUAGUGGGAGACGGUCGGAUUAGUGAAAUGAUGGAGACAGUGGAACACCUGAAAGCUGACAACAAAACUAAAGAAUUGUUGAUUCUUAAACAAAAAGAAGAAAUUGUUCUUUUGAAACGAAAACCAAGAGAAGUCAAAUUGAUGGACUACGAUGACUUAAAAAGUAACAGAGCAAGAAGGGAAAGAAUCCAGAAGGCUUUUGACUACGUAAAAAACUUAUCAGGUCUCGGAUCAAAACUGUUCUAUACUGACUUGCUCAAUAAACUAGAGAGAGCUGGAGUUGCUAAACUAAAACUUUCGCCAGAAGAAGGAUUGCAAUUAUACCACUCCGCGAAUCUCACUCGUGGCACCUAUAAAACAACGAAAAGAAUAUUAAAGGAACACAAUCUUUUCGAUCCGUUCCCCCCCGUUCAAUCAAUUGUUGAUAUAGAAGAGAAAUUAGGAUCUAAUGACGUUUUCUCAGUAUACGAGUCGAAAGGAGUGAAAGAUGAGGAGAAGGUGGUGGUUGUAGCUUACCUGAACGACGUGGCAAAGACAGUUUCUUCUAGAAUAGAAGAGCUCAUCAGACAGGAGAAAUUGACUUGUGAUUUUGAUCGGGGAUUGUGGUUGACGAUCAUGGGAGAUAAAGGAGGAAAUGAGAUGAAAAUUUGUCUGGCAAUUGGUAACGUGGAGACACCAAACAGCUGCCACAAUCUCAUUCCGCUAGGCAUCUUCAACGACGAAGAAUCUUCAGAGGCGUUGCUGAAACACAUUCCCACCGUCAUCGACCAGCUCAACAAUCUGAAAGAGUUGAAGAUUAAAGUGAACGAGGCGGAAGUUGUCAUCCCAGUAGAAUUGUUCCUUGGUGGCGACAUGAAAUUUCAGUAUGACAUGUUAGGCCACCAAGGAGCUUCUGCUAUGUCCCCUUGCAUGUAUUGCGUCAACCGUGGCAGAAUCAAAAUUCGAGACUACAAAAGAGGCGAAAUUGUAUCAAUGCGCACGGAGGAGAGUUAUGCAGCAGCAAGCGCACAAGGCAACAAAAAGGUGACAGUGGAAAGUGUAAAGGCGCAAUCUUCGUUCGUGUUCAAAGGCGUUCGUCUUGAGAAUGUUUUGAUUCCAAGUCUCCAUAGUAUUAUGGGAAUUGCCCAGGGUUACGGAUUUGACAAUCUCUUACUUUGGGCAACCGUAUUGGAUUGUGACGAUGAGACAAUCGUACUCAACAAAGCCGACAUCAAGCAAGGACGAGUGCAAAAAUCGAACAUUCUUCAGUUCCAAGAAGUUGUCAGCAACCUUGAUACAGAGCUUCGUUCCAUGGUGGUACUUCAAAACAUUCUCCAAAACUUCCAGAAUUCCACAAUCGACGGUACUGAUGAAAGAGAGGAAUCAGCAUGCUCAUCUGAAAUUUGUUUUAUGAGAGAUAGACUGAUUGAAAAAGCUCCACUUUUUGAUGAUAGACAUGUUAAAUGUGCAAGUUGUGAAGAAACAAUUCACGCGGCUUGCUGUGGAGUGUGGAAUGUGAAAGAAUGGAAACUCACCAACGACAGCACGAUCCCAUUUCAGUGUCUUCUUUGUUCCAAUGUGACAGGAGUAGGAAUCGAUCAGUUGGUUACGAAUGAAGUGGAAUUUCUGAAAAACGAAUUGAAGAUGAAAAUUGACGAGUUGAACAAAGAACAAGUUCGGUUUGAUUCAAUGCAAGAAGCAUUACGAGGCAAGAAAAAGUACCGCCAGGAAUUAGAGAGAAUUUGGAAAAAGUGGGGCGCAGACAUGAGUGUGUGGCGUAAAACUUUUUGUGGAAACCACAUCUACAACAUCUUGAGAGAAGAAGCAAUUGACGAGUAUAUGUCAAUUUUUAAAGAUCAUAAGCACUUCGAAAGCAUGAAAAGAUUCCUCAAAUCUCUAGGAAAACUUCAGAGGCUAUGUGUGCCAAGACUGCUGAGCCCAGCUGAGAUGGACUACAUGGAAAACGCCAUUGACACCAUGUGGGCUAGUCUCAGGGAGUUUGCGGCUGAUGACAAUGUCACGCCCAAACUCCAUGCAGUUCUUGAGCACCUCAUGCCUUUUGUUCGAUCUCACCGUACCUGGGCAAAAACUAGUGAGCAGCCGAUCGAAGCAUUCCACGCCGCAUACAAUACAGCGAAGCUUCGUUAUCGCACGAAUCGAAAUGAAGUCCUGAAGGCUCAACAAUGUUUCAAGAGAUGCUUGAUCAAUAACCAUGUGUUCGACGUGUCUUAA